AUGAACACAGACUUUGAACCAACCGAGGACGCAAAGGAGGAAUCGCCGAAGCCGCGCAACAAGCCCACAAGAAAGAGAGCAACAAACACCGGGGUUGCAAAGACUGCCCAACAGAAAGUUAGGAAGAACCAGAGAAAGCUCGACGAAGAAUUCAAGAUUUACAUCAAAAACGAGCGGAAGAGAAAACGGGGCGCUGGAAAUGGCAAUGUGCACAUCGAGCCGCCUAAGGCAAAGAAGAUGAGAACAUCAUCUGCAAAGUCAGACAAGAAAGAUCAGCGAAGCAUCGAAGAGAACUUUUAUGACACCGGCAAAGCAACUGCUCGCGCCACAGCCAACCGACCAAUCACUCAAAAAGAAAGAAAUGAGGAACUGAAGGACAGAAUCAGUCACGGCACGAACAACCGCCGAAGUGGAACUCAAAAGCGAGAUCUCAAAGAGGCCACAAGUAUUUUCGGCUACAGCAAAAUUGUUUGCUUCCCCAACGGGGAGUACUACCUCAAGGGAAUGAGGGAGACCACCAAGCUCAGAGAGGAGCAGCUUCCCACCGUCUCAUGGAUGGUCCAGCGGGAGCACGGCAUAUCGCCUCCUUUUGGGGGAGUUCUCGGGGAUGAUGUUGGUCUCGGAAAGACAAUGGUGUCCAUGGCUUGCACCGUUGGGAAUCCUGCGUCGGCUGAAGACCUUCAAACCUACUUCGGUGCCACUUUGAUCAUUGUGCCGUCAACUGACAUGGCCAAGCAAUGGCGAGCAGAGUAUCUCAAGCAUAUCGAAGCCAUCAGAGACAAUGAGAUUCUCAUCUGGUCCAACGCUCAAUGGAAGGAGUCAAGCGUGAACUUUCACAACUACAAGAUUGUGAUUGCCACGAUUACUGAGAUUCGUGGAAACCUCACAGACGAAGAGCUGAAGAAGAUUGAAGCGGAACACGGCAUGGAAAGCGACGAGUAUCGAGCUGCGCUAGUCAGGUUUGCCGGCCCAGUUUACGGCAUCAAGUGGUACAGGAUCAUUCUUGAUGAGGGGCACGCUGUCAAGAACAUGAAUACCCUAUGUGAGUUGCCACAUGAGGAGAGGUGA